CGCCUCGGGCAGAGUAACCCCCACGCCACGCGACGCUCACUCGCUCGCUCGCACGCGCGCGCGCACCCCGACCAUGUCCGGCGAGACGGCCGCCGGCGCCGGCGCCGCUGCGGCGGAAACCGGGAAGGACGACCAGCCUGCUGCAGCAGCAGCGGAGCAGCAGGGAGGAGGAGUAGGAGGAGGAGGAGGGGGAUGGGGAGGGUGGGGCCUCUCCAUCUUCUCCGAGAUCUCCCGCAAUGCCGUGGAGGUCGCGAAGACCGCCAUCGCCGACAUGCAGCAGCCGCCGGAGCAGGACGUGGGGACCGGAGGAGGCGGGGAGGAGGAGGAGGAGGACGAGGGAGGGGAGGGGGACGAGCGCCGGAAGGCGGCGCUGGAGAAGCUGGAGAAGGCCAGUGAGGAUUCGCUCCUGGGACAGGGUCUCAAGGUGUUCGAUAGCUCGGUCGAGAGCAUCACGACUGGGACAUGGCAAGCACUCGGGAGUGCCUGGAAGAGCGGUUCGCUGCUUGUUCAGAAAUUGGAGACUUCUGCUUCAAGUCUUGCUGAAACCAUUCAGCAAGGGGAACUACCUGCUAAAGCAUCUGCAAUAGCACCAACCAUUUUAGAGACAGGGAAGUCAUUUACAGCUAAAGGAAUGGAAGUGCUUGAACGUGUUGGAAAAGAGACAAUGGAGUUGAUCAUUGAAGAGACUGGUAUGGAUGUUGACAAAGGUACUGGUGAAGGUGAUCCGCAGGCAGAAGAGGAGCAGUUUGAAGAAGUUUCAUUUGAUAGAUGCUUCUAUAUUUAUGGAGGACCUGAUCAAUUAGAGGAGUUGGAGGCACUGUCAAGCCACUAUGCACUAUUAUUUAAUAGGAAAAAGGGUAAACUUGUUGCUGAGCAGAAAACAUAUUAUGAUGGAAAGCUCAAAGAAAUACAACAGAUUUUUAGUCUUGGCUCCAAGAUUGAUGAAGAUGGACCAGACUCUAGCAAAGGGAAAAAGAUUGAAUCAGCGGAUACUGAUUCUGACGCAGAGAUGAAGAAGUUAUGUGACUCGAGUGUUAGCAAGGCUGCAAAAAUGGCUGCGGGGUUCACCACUGCCUUGGGUGGGCUCUCUCCAAAUGAGAUUAUCAAACGGACUACUGACAGGCUAGAGACAAUUCACUCGGAGGGUGUUCACAGAUUGUCAGAAAUGUGUUGCCUUGCAGUUUCUCAACUUCUGUUACUUGGAAAAUCCGUUAUUUCUGCUUCUUCUAAACCAAAAAAUGAAGACGGUGAAGAUGACAUGAAAAUUGAAUGGCCUGAGGAUCCUAUUUCAAAAGCCAAAAUCAUCAGAUGGAAAGCACAAUCCAUCUCCGUGGAUAUUGAAAAGGUGUCUGCUAGUUUUGCUACAGGAAUAUCAGAUGUUGCUGAAGCUUAUAUGGCAGCUAUACAGAAUGCUCUCGCUGACAAGAAGGAUGGUCUCUCGAACCAAAAUUCGGUGCAGGAGAAAGCUAAACACAUAUCCAGCCAUCUAAAUUCCGAUCAGACCAGUGCUGUCAGCAAGUUGCAAGACGCUCUCCAAUACUUGGCCUACGUUGUUGUUUGCUCCUCAAUGCCAAGUGUAUAACUCUGCAGUGCCAUCUCUGUACCGUGCUGUUAUUGUUGUUUUACUGUUAACCUCUUUCUGUACAUUCGCUUGUGCAGCCCCUCAGGAUUGCCAUCAUUAGGGCUUCUAGAUAUCAAUCUACACUAGGUGUUGUGUUUCGUUUACGUGCGCAGGUCAAGCAUCAUGGAAUCAGUAGCUGGUUGUCUUGUUUGUAUUGCUUGGGUACAUGACAGAUUAUUGCUCUCUAUGUUUCUCCUGAGAACAAUGAAAUUACUGGCGUUCAAUACAGAAGAUCUGUACCGAGACCCAGCCAUUAUGAAGAUUCAUGGAUUAUGAAUUGGUUUUCCAUAUC